AAGUACAAAGAUAUGAAAUAAAUUAAAAUUUUACCGAACAUCGAUUAACCAUCUGCCCAUCUCAGAAGUUCAAAAAUAAUUUAAUAUUUCCGUCAAUUAGUUCGGUAAACGAAAGUUCAUAAAUAUUAAUUCAUUUUUUUUAUAUUGCAUUUUACUUAAAUUGUUAAUUCAGUAUGGCGCUAAGAACGGAUAAUAUGUAUGUGUCCUGCAUUAAAAUAUUUGGUGUUCCAAUUGUUCCGCCACUUAUGACAGAUCAGAAAAGAAAUGAAAUGAAAGAAUAUAAAGAGAAGGCAAUGGCUUAUGAACAUAGAUUCAAGGGUAAAAGAAUUAGCUUGGAUAGUGGAGUAAUGACUGCAAGUACAGAAAUGCAAAAAAUUGAGAACUUCGAAUCCCCUACUACUGUGUUAAAAGAAACUGUUUAUUGUGACGUAAAUAAUAGUAACAAAAUUACAGUACUUCAUGGGAUGAAAACUGAUGGUUCUAUUUCUCCAGAAACACCUACAUUAAUUUCUGAUGAAGAUGAGAAUAAUUUUAAUGAUAGUUCUUCCAAUAAACAACCAAUAAAUAUAAAGUCUUUAAGUGUUGGUUCAACUGAAAACUCUGAUGACACUUUGAUUCCACAGCAAUCAUCCAAUUGUAAUUUAACUGUAAAUAAUUCAACCAUCCUUAAUGAAGAUAAUUUAAAUGAUAAAUCUCUGUAUAAUGAAUCAAGUAUUGAAUCUAUAAUUCAAAAUUCUUGUGACACUUUGGUUCCGAAACAAGAACCGACUCAACUUUUAACUCUAACUAGUACGACUAUCCAUGUUGAUGGAGAUAAUAUUAUAUCGACAAAACAAAUACCUCGUUUAAGAAGUAAUUCAUAUACUUUAUCAUCACCAAGUCCUGUGAUGGUAGCAUUUUUAAAUAGCCAUGUUCAACAACAAUUAAUGGAACCAGAAAGUUUAAAAAAUAAUAUUAAUUAUAGCAAAGAAAGUAAAUCUGAGCCAAUUAAUAUUUAUACGAUCAACGCCUAUGAUGAUAAACUAUUGAGCGCUAAAAGUCUCUCACUCAAUUCUGUUCCUAAAUCAUUUCAUAAACAAGAACUUAUAAACAAUUCCAUAAAGCCUAGUUUCAAUAAAUAUACAGAAAAUAUUGCUAUUUCUGAUCAAAGUCAAGAUGAAAGAGGAAGCUUGACUACAGUUGCAACAAAUUUUAGUAAUGACGAAAGUAUUGGAGGAAGUGUGAUAACUGUUUUCAAUGGUAAUAGUUUUGAUAACAAUAGCAGUCCCAAUUCAACAACAUGCAAGUCUAUGAAACAUUGUUGUUGCCGACAUAGCGAUGAUGAAUAUUCUUUAAGCAGCAGCAACAUACAUUACAAAACUCUCGAAGAGUUAAACCUAGAAGCUGAACAAUUACGCAUAGCAAAGUUGGAUAUUGAAAGAAGACAUCAAGAAGAAUUGUCUAAUUUAAUAAGAAAACAAAGAGAAGAGCAAGAGAAAAUUGCAGUUAGGUACUAUUUAGUAUCGCAAAGUACAUCUGGAAUGUCUUUUGAUGGAUCUGAAUGUUCAGAAUCUAUAUCGAAACAAAUGUCAUCAAGUUCUCCAUCAAUUCAAUCUGGAAUUACAGUCACUAAUGACAAAAGCAUAUUAUCUGAUACGUCAUCAAUUAUUUCUAGUUGUUCAGUUAAUAAAAGUUUGGUUUGCUCGUCUCCAAGACAAAGAAUAUCACCCCGCUCUCCAAAUUUGCAGCAAAAUAAUAUUAAAUUCUAUCAUAGAAUACGUAGUGGAUUAACAGGAAAAUGGACAAGAGCUCCCACUGAAGUCGAAAACUCUGCGGCAACUAUUAUAAACGCCGGUGUUAGAGGUUAUCUGACCAGAAGACUAUUGCGUACUGAAAAGGCUCAAUUGUUUAAAAAGACUAUUUUAGAUUCAUUGAAGACAGCUCUGAUAAUGCAUAUGGAAUUGAAGAAGCAACAACCUACUGAAUCUGAUCUUGAACUCCAUCGAAGAAUCAUUAAUCAGCUUACUACUGCCUGCUAUGAUUUGAAUGAUUUGAUUUUGGGAUCUGUACAUGAAAGAAUGACUGUAAUUAGAGGCGAUCGUGAUCGAUUGAUGGCUGUAAAAAUGCGACGUAAAUCAAGUUCAGCAUUGGGGAUUAACAAACAGUCUCCGAUAUUGAAUCAACCAAAGAAAUCUAGAUCGGGAUAUUCAUUGUCGAAAAAAGCGUCUGGCCAUUAUACUGAAAAGAGUUCCUACAAAAAAUAUUAAUAUUAUUUUAGUAAAAGAAUUAUAUAUGUAUUUACAAUAUUUUAAAUUUUUAGUUUUUUUUAGCUAUGUUGCUAAAAACCACUGUUUUUGUUUUUAGCACAAUAAUAAUUUUAUGAAAAGUUCUCAUUAGUUUUAAGAUUUUUACCAAAGAUGCCGUCCCAAUUUCGGUUGUUGUAUACAUAUAAGAAAACCAAUUAUUCUAAUUAUUAUGUUAUUUUAACACUUACAAGCACUUUUUUUUUAUAUUUUGUA